AGCUUCCGUGCUGGCUGCUGUCUGCCAUCUGGAGCACCUUUAGGUUCAGUGUUUUGCCCGAGGACACUUUGACUGCGGAGGGGGAUCGAACCAUCAAUCUUGGGCCAGUGGAGAACACGCUGUACCACCUGAGCCAGUGCUGGUUCUACUGUCAGAGUUGUGAGUGUGUUCUGUAACAUCACCUGUAUGUGUGCAGGAGCCCGGAACAUCUACCACCAGCUGCUCAUGAACAGCCUCCUCAUGGACCUCAAGUACAAGAAGAUCUUCGCCAUCCAGUUUGCUAAGAACUACAGACGCCUCCAGACAGAUUUUAUGGAGGACGACCACGAGCGAGUGGUGUCAGUGACCUCUCUGUCUGUUCAGCUCUUCACCGUCCCGACCAUGGCUCGCAUGCUGAUGGUGGAGGAGAAUCUGAUGACCACCAUCAUCAGAACCUUUGUUGAUCACCUGCGUCACAGAGACCUGCAGGGGCGCUUCCAGUUCGACCGCUACACCGCCCAGCAGGCCUUCAAGUUCGGACGGGUCCAGAGCCUCAUUGGAGACCUCAAGUACGUCCUCAUCAGUCCUCCGUCUGAUUGGACCGAUCAGCUCAGACUGAAGUUCCUGGAAGGUCUGGAUGCUUUUCUGGAGCUGCUCAAGUGUAUGCAGGGCAUGGACCCGGUGGUGAGACAGGUGGGGCAGCACAUAGAGAUGGAGCCAGAGUGGGAGGCAGCGUUCACUCUGCAGAUGAAACUAACUCACAUCAUCUCCAUGAUCCAGGAGUGGAGCUCCACCGACGAGUGUGUGCUGAUUGAGGCCUACAGGAAGUGUCUGAGCGCGCUCAGUCACUGUCACAGUGGCCUCCCAGACGGUGAGCAGCCAAUCAGCUUGAGUCUGGCCGGUCACUGUGUGGAGACGUUCAGGUACCAGGUGUCCCAGGACAAGGUGUCCAUACACCUGCCGGUCUGCAGGCUGCUGGCAGGGCUCCAUGUUCUCCUCAGCAGGACCGAGGUGGCGUCUCGUUUCCCUGAGCAGCUCCCACUGGGUGAACUCAGCCCACCCCUCCUGAUCGAACUGCCCCUCCGCUGCCUGGUGCUGUGUGCCCAGGUGCAUGCUGGGAUGUGGAGAAGGAAUGGCUUUUCCCUGAUCAACCAGAUCUAUUACUACCACAAUGUCAAGUGCAGAGUCGAGAUGUUCGACAAAGACAUCAUCAUGCUGCAGGCGGGGGCGUCCAUGAUGGAUCCAAAUCACUUCCUAAUGAUUGUUUUGAUUCGCUUCGAACUUUUUCACAUUUUCAGCUCCGCAGAUGUCAGGAAGAGAUACCGAGAGGCCAACAAGGACCUGGUCCAGCAGAACACUCUGAUUGAGGAGAUGCUCCACCUCAUCAUCAUGGUUGUCGGUGAGCGGUACGUGGCGGGCGUUGGCCAGGUAGAACCUUUCGAUGAGGUCAGACGAGAAAUCAUCCAUCAGCUGUCAAUCAGACCAAUGGCUCACAGCGAGCUGAUCAAGGCUCUGCCUGAAAAUGGUAAUAAGGAGACGGGUCUGGAGAGAGUCAUCGACAGCGUAGCUUCAUUCAAGAAACCAGGUGUGACAGGUCGAGGUCUGUAUGAACUGCGUCCUGAGUGGAACAAACACUUCAACCUGUACUUCCAUCACUACAGCAGAGCCGACCAGUCCAAGGCUGAGGAGGCUCAGAGGAAGCUGAGGAGACAGAACGGGGAGGACACAGCCCUGCCCCCCCCUCUCCCGCCCCCCCUCUGUCCUCUGUUCGGCAGCCUGGUGAACCUGCUGCAGUGCGACGUGCUGCUGGCUGUAGAGGGCGCUGUGCUGCAGUGGGCCGUGGAGCCCAGCGGGGGCGGCUGGACGGAGUCCAUGCUGCAGAGGGUACUCCACCUGGUGGGCAUGGCUUUACUGGAGGAGCAGCAGCAGCUGGAGAACAGCAGCGCAGACGACGACAUCACCUUCAACUACACCUGCAAGAUCACACGUCCAGGUGAAGCUCCCAGUCCUUCAGGAAGUGUCUUGGCUCUGUUGGAAAGUCUGCAGAAUGCUCCUCACCUUGAGGUCCAUAAAGACAUGAUCACCUGGAUCCUUAAGAUGGUGGCGAACAUAAAAACGAUGAGAGAACGAACGUCGACCUCCUCAACCGUCACCAUAAACCAGAACCGAGGUCAGGAAGAGACGGUUAGGGACAAAGACAAGGCGGAGAGGAAGAGGAAGGCGGAGAUGGCUCGGCUGCGCAGAGAGAAGAUCAUGGCUCAGAUGUCUGAGAUGCAGAAACAUUUUAUUAACGAGAACAAAGAACUGUUUCAGCAAAGUCUGGAGGAGCUGGAAGCCUCAACGUCUGCUGCUGUCGAGCACAGUCCUCCCAGUUUGGAGCUCACCUGUGUGUCUCAGGUGUGUGUUGGUCCCAGAAGGCUGGGUGGGGCUGAGCGCCGUCAGCUGGUCACCUGCAUUCUGUGUCAGGAGGAGCAGGAGGUCAAAGGUCACGGCAGAGCCAUGGUGCUUGCAGCGUUCGUACAGAGAUCCACCAUUUUGUCCAAAGACCGUAGUCGCAACCUGCCUGACCCAGAACGCCAUGAUCCUUUGUUCAUGCACCCCGACCUGUCUCUGGGGAUUCACACCGCCAGCUGUGGACACAUCAUGCACGCCACCUGCUGGCAGAGGUACUUUGAGGCGGUGCAGCUAAAGGAGCAGAGACGUCAGCAGCGACUGAGAGGACACACCAGCUACGACGUGGAGAACGGCGAGUUCCUGUGUCCUCUGUGCGAGUGUCUGAGCAACACUGUGAUCCCUCUGCUGCCGCACACACCCUCACCUGACCGCAGUGUUGAGCAUCCCAAUCUGGAGGCGUGGCUUAAGAUGACCAAUCAGCAGAUAGUAGCACUACACUCCUCCCACAGGAAGCAGUCUGACGGUGCAGCAGAGGGGGCAGAGCCUGCUGCUGUCCCUGAUGGAUUCAGAGUGGACUUCACUCCACCGAACCCGUUCUCCAGCAGCAUCAGCGAGAUGAUCACCACCUUCAGCAUGUCCACCUACAAGGUGGGACUGAAGGUAAACCCCAACGAGCAGGAUCCCCGAGUCCUGGUGCUGAGCUGGUCGACCUGCGCCUACACCAUCCAGAGCAUAGAGCGCCUCCUGAUGGACGAGGAGAAGCCAUUGUUUGGAAGUUUACCUUGCCGACAGGACGACUGUCUGAGCUCUCUGACCAGGUUCAGUUCAGCCUGUUGGACUGCAGCUCCACUCACAAGUGUUCACACUCACUUCAUCAGACUGCUUGCAGCUCUGGUUCAGGACUCUCAGGUAGAAAGCACACCUUGUAUCCUCAACAUCGACAUGUUUCACCUGCUGGUCAACAGCGUUUUGUCCUACAGCUCCGUUCACAGUCUGGACCAAUCAGGACGAAGCGUGGUGGACUCGGGGCACCUCCACCUCCUUCAUCUGGUCACUGUCGCUCACAUGGUUCAGGUCCUGCUCACCUCCACCACAGAGGAAGUGUGUAUGGACCAGGACAGUGGAGGAUCAGAGGAGGAGGAGCUCACCUGUCAGCUCUACAGCACGCUUAGGAAACACCUGGGCAGUGUGUUACCUGAAGUGUCCUCUGGGUGGCAGCUGUGGCGUUGUGUUAAAGCUGGCGUCCUGCCGUUCCUGCGAGCUGCUGCUCUCUUCUUCCAUUACCUGAACUCUGCAGCGCCCCCUGCCGACCUGCUGGUUGCAGGUCCUUGUCAGUGGGAGGCGCUGUGCAGCUACCUCAGUCUGCCCUCCAACCUGCUGCUGCUGCAUCACAACAACCUCACACUGCUGGAGCCGUUCAUACACAGGUGGUGUUGUCAUCCAGGUGUGAGGCAGACGCUGCAGGGAGGCGGAGUCAUCAUCAGGUUCCCCAGAGAGUCGAACCGCCUGAUCGACCUGCCGGAAGAUUACAGCGUCCUGAUCAACCAGGCGUCCAGCUUCACGUGUCCUCGGUCAGGUGGAGAUAAGUCCCGUGCUCCCACGCUGUGCCUGGUCUGCGGCGCCAUGCUGUGCUCUCAGAGUUACUGCUGUCAGACGGAGGUGGACGGAGAGGAUGUUGGCGCCUGCACCGCCCACACCUUCACCUGUGGAGCCGGCCUUGGCCUCUUCCUCAGGGUCAGAGAGAGUCAGGUGUUGUUUGUAGCUGGUAAAACUAAGGGCUGUUUCUAUCCUCCACCGUACCUGGACGACUACGGAGAGACGGACCAGGGCCUCAAGCGGGGGAACCCCCUCCACCUGUGCUCGGAGCGCUACAGGAAGAUCGAGCGUCUGUGGCGGCAGCAUGGCGUCGCUGAGGUCAUCGGUCACGCUCAGGAGGCCAAUCAGACGCUGGUCGCCAUUGACUGGCAGCACCUGUGAUGGUUGGCUAGGCUCCGCCCCCUCGCUCAGAGACACGUACACUGAUUGGCUCUCAGCUUUCUCCCCACCCCUUUUUUAAUGACCUUCCCUGAAUAAACCAAUCAGCUUCCUGCAGCGCAGCGCUCCAAUCAGCUUUCAGGGAUUUUUCAGGUGUUUGACCUCUAACGACUCCAUGUCUCAGUCCACCAAUCAGAGAAAGGCAGUCUCGCUGAUAUCAUCAUCCUGCUCAGACUGAAGCCCCGCCCACCGGCCAUGUCACUCAGGUGGAAUGACAGGUCGGACGCCACCGCUCAGGUUUCUGAUUGGCUGUCUGCGACGAAGACGGAGCGAGACCCCCAUGAUGCAUUUUUCUGAUGGCCAAUCACAGAGUGCCGCUUUCUGUGUAUCCAUGGCAACAGAAGUGUUGAGCAGUAACAACCAGUUCCAACAUGAAUCUGUUUAUUCAAGAAACACCUGAACAACAGUCAGCCAAUCAGAACGCUUUACCUGUAAACUGGGUCCUUGCUCUGCUGUCUAUUGAUUAGUUUCAUUAUUGAUUGAUCAUCUGUCAGAAAGCAGCAGCUCACAUGACCUCCAAGCACGCCGUGACCUCAACAGCUGUCAGACCGAUUAGUGAUUAGUUAUUGAUCUGUUUGGAUAAUAAUUGAUUGAUGUUGUCAUGUGAGAAACUCAGUCAGCUAAUUGGUUGACUGAGUGACUAAUCGGAUCGAUUGAUUAAUUUACUGGUUCAUUCAGCUGAUCGAUCAGCUGAUCAGACGAUGGCUGCAGCUGCAGGCGGAUGUUGGUGUGUGUUGAUCUCCAUGGCGACAGAGUGAGGCGAAGAAAACUGAUCAAUAAAUCAGCUGUUUGAGUGUUGAAGAGUGGAAACGUAUCCAACCACAUAUCAGAGCUGCGUAUUGACGAGGAUUGAUCGGUGGUUUUAGUUGAGUUGUUUUAUUUAAGAGGUGAUUGGUGGCGUGCUGUGUGAUGUCACUGUUUUAUGUUCUCACUUUAUUUAAACGUCAGAUUUUGUUUAAAGAGCGAAAAACGUUUAAAUAAAGUUUUUUGUUUGUAGUUUUUUAUGGAGGUCAGCUGAUCAACGGCAUGUUGGCUUCAUUUAUCACACGUGAUGUUAAUAUGUGAAUUCUGUAUAAACGACUACAUGUAUGAUAAUAUUGUAUAAGAACCAGAAAACCAAUAAAAAACUUUAAGACAA